UGAUGCAGAGUACAGGACCAACAAGCAUUCACAAGACAAUAUCCAAGUCAGUCAGCUGAAAGGAUGUUGAUUUGUUGCUGCUUUAAAAACAUGCUCCAGGCAUCUGAAUGGGGUUGCUUCAAAAACUUAGCUUUCUUAGGGUUACAAAGACUGUUUGAUUAAAUGUCGUUUUUCAAGAGUUUUCAGGAAACUCUGAAUCUGCCAUCAGUGUCCUCUUUAGUUGAACAGUUUAGCAGUGCUGUAGAGGAACUGAGUGAUGCAGUUGGGCAGGCUAGUUACACUGUGGCUGAUUCUGUCACAGAACAGGUAACAAGUAUAAUACAGGGCCUUCGCACAGAAGAGGAAAAGUCUGGUGAUUGUGAAGAAACAGCUACUUCAGACUUAAAGGACAAUAGUGCAGGAUUUCUAAGAAGUGGUGCAACAAGUAAUAAAUUGAAUGUGGAUAGAGAAGAGUUGCAAGUUAGUACAAGAGAUGUUGCUGUGGAACUAGAAGGAGCAUCAAUUCCGCAACCGGCAGAUUGUACAAAUCUUACGCAGAAAAUAUCAAAAAGUCACCAUACAGAUUCGAAGGAGUUGAAAGACACAGAAGUUAAAAAGAGUGCAAAGCAUAAAGGAAGGAACUCUGAAUGUAACAAAGGAUCGAUAGUCAAGGAAGACAAUGAUAAUUGCAGUGGUGUUGCACAAAAACUGGAGUCCCAAGAAAAAGAGGAAAAGAAACUCAAGUGUGCAUCAUCUGAAACGGGUUUGAAGACCAGUAAUACUGCAGCUAAUAAAUUAUUAAAAGAUAAAAAGAAUAGUUUUGGCAAAUCUAAUAAUCAUAAAACUGAGGAUUCAAACAGUAAAAAUGAUAACAAUGGGCCACAUGCUGUUACAGAAAAAACAAAGGAGCAGGUCCAUCGAAAAGUCAAGAGGAGGAUGUCAGUAAUUGAUUUGAAGGAUCUUAAAGAAACUGAGAAUAUCAAUGUUCUACCCAGCACAGAAAAAAGAAAAAGUCAUGAAGGGAAGAAAGUGAGUGGCUACCGAUCAGAAACUGGAUUAAACAAAUCAAGCACUGAUAAAUCGGAUCCUCCUUCAGAAUCAGGCUCUAAAACAUGUCCCACAAAUCUGUCAAACGGUAAAAAGAACACUGCAAAAGGUAAAAAUGAAUCACAAACACAAAAAGAAGCUUCUAAAGAAGGCAAUAAAAAAGCAGGGAAAGAGUUUUUUGAUGUCAAACUAUUAGGAAAAAUCAAAGACAAGAAAGAAAAAAAAGAAAAGAAAACGUCAGACAGAGAUAACAACUAUGGUGAUGGAGACCACCAUGGUUCUUCAUCGGAGAGCGAAGAUGAGGUGCUUGGUAAAUACCACGAGGCCUUGUCCAGAACAGACAGCAUCUCUGGUGCAGUCGCAGACAACAGACAUCACCAGAAAGGUUACAUCUGGGAAUCUAGACUCAAAUACAGUCCGUUGUCAGCCGAAUAUGAUGGCUACAGUAGUGAGGGUUCUGCAGAUGAAGAGCACUGUAUUCAGAGGAUGAGGAGGACACCCCCACUUGAUGAACUCCAACCUCCCCCCUAUCAGGACGACAAUGGAUCACCGCAUCUCUCUUACACACCAUCAGAGCUUGAUGACAGCAAGUGUGAACUGUCCCAUUCCAGUGCAGAUUGUAACAGUCCUCGCUGCUCAUACAGUAAGUGCCCCAGCGAGGGAAGCCCAGGCCAUGAGACAGAAGGCUACCAUCACAAGGGAUACGAGGAGGACGUUCCCAGCGACAGCACUGCCAUCCUCAGUCCAGAGGACAUGUCUGCUAGAGGAUCUUCUGCUCAGCUCCCAAAACCUUUUGACCCAGAACCUGUGUCUAAGUAUGGCACAUUAGAUGUCACUUUUGAUUAUGACUCACAAGCACAGAAACUUAUGGUAACAGUAACAGCUGUUACAGACAUUCCAACACACAACCGAACUGGCAACAGCUCGUGGCAAGUCCAUCUGGUGCUUCUCCCCACAAAAAAACAAAGAUCAAAAACGUGUGUCCAGCGAGGGCCCUGCCCUGUCUUCACAGAGGCCUUUAAAUUCAAUCGCAUUGAGUCUGAGAUGAUUGGUAAUUACGCAGUGCGGUUUAGGCUCUACAGUAUACGUCGCAUGAAAAAAGAAAGGAUUGUUGGUGAAAAGGUAUUCUAUCUCACCAAACUUAAUCUUCAAGGCAAGAUGUCCGUCCCAAUUGUCCUGGAAUCUUGUGGCAGUCUCACAGGCUGUGACUCCCAGGUGAGCAUGUCUGAGAUGUCCUGCAGUGAAAGCACUUCCUCCUGCCAGUCUCUGGCACAUGGUGCCGCACCAGAAAUACUCGUUGGUCUGCUGUACAAUGCCACCACUGGCAGACUAUCAGUAGAAGUUAUAAAAGGAAGCCAUUUCAGAAACUUGGCAGUGAACAGACCACCUAAUGGACUGUUCUGUUGUCUAAAACACUUGAUAGGUGGGCAGGUUUAUAUAAUCCGAGACACGUAUGUCAAGUUAACACUGCUGAAUUCUAUGGGACAGGAGAUGUCUAAAUGUAAGACGUCCAUUCGUCGAGGCCAGCCAAACCCUCUGUACAAGGAGACAUUCAUUUUUCAGGUAGCACUCUUUCAACUUUCAGACGUGACACUCAUACUGUCUGUGUAUAACAAACGGAGCAUGAAACGCAAGGAAAUGAUUGGCUGGAUUUCACUCGGCCUCAACAGCUCAGGGGAGGAGGAGCUGAACCAUUGGACUGAAAUGAAAGAAUCAAAAGGACAACAGGUGUGUCGAUGGCAUUCCUUACUGGAAUCCUAAUGGAUGGGCUGUGGACGGCAAUGGCCCUUGGCUUAGCGGGUCAAUACAAUUCCUUUCACCCACACUCUUUCUUACCAAACCAACAACAGAGGAACAACUUAUUACAACAGUUAUUGAGUCCGUCGUCCAGCUUGUGGAACAAAAUGCCUUAUUAUGGGCUCAGUUUAUGAUAAAUGCUGGAGAAGAAAUGACUGUAAAGAAAAUGCGAGGGAACACAAUUUAAUGUAUAAUGUGUAUCAUUUACUCUCAACACAACACACGUCACAAACUUCAUGAAAAAUUCACAUUGUGAUUCAGUUUGUAUUGCCCCAUGAAGUCCAGAUCUUUACACAAUAAUAGGAUUUGGCACACCAAACUAGAAGCCAUUAAUAGCACUGUUUUCUGAGUGUUUUGAUGGUUCCAGAACACAGACUUUCAUGUUAAAAUCUUUAAUUUCGCAUUCAGACAUUCAUUAACAGCACAAUACACAAGAGGCCUGAAAUUCCACUUACUUGAUAACCUGGAAGGUGAUUUUGUUGUAAAAUUUAAGAUGAAGCAGAAUCGUAAAAAAUUAUUAAAAUCCAUCAUAAAUUAGAAACUGGUUUCCCACAAUUCUCAAAGCAGGGCUCCCAAACUAUAACUAAGUUGAAGAGUUUUCCACAAUUUGUGCAAACUUUUAAAUUUAAUGACCGAAUUAUCUUAGACCGGCUUAGAACUAGGUGGAAUUUGGGGCCUAAGGUUCAUUGGUCAUCAUUUUUUCACAGAUAAUGAAAUUGUCUUGAUUUGAUCAUGCUGGUCAGAGGCACAUCCAGACACUUUUGGGUUGUUGGCCAAAAGUCCUAUGAAUAUAUCUGGGUAAGAGUUGGUGAAGUAAGAUUAUCCCUCUACCUUGAGAAACCAUCUGGCAAUGUUGGUGAGUAGGUUUGUUUAUUUGACAUCUUUAAAUCAUGGUGACAAAUAUAGAUCAUGUUGUUUUGCUUUACAAGGCUCCAACAGUGUUGAAGUGUCUUGAGUGUAUGUGCAUUAAUAGGUCACAUUGUCAUUUCAGUUGACUAGUAUGAGAAAAUUCAGAUUGACAAUGGAGCUUUGAAAGAAAUUAAAGUCAGUGAAAAAAAAAUUAAAAUAGUAACAAUAAGGAAAAAUAGGAUCAUAGAAGAACUAAAAUAAGAGGAAGAAACUGGAAGAAAGAGAGAAUGUAAUUUUACAAAAAACAAUGCAUGAUGCAUCCUGUCAAGCAUAGCUAUUCUUUGUUUAAAGUUUUUUAAAAAAAAUAAAGGUACUCAAAGGAAAACAUUAAAUGUUUGUUAUUAAAUUAGGUCAGCUAGUUGAUGAACAAAUGCAUUGUUUAUUUUUAUUUUGAAGUAUUAUAAUUCUAUUAUUAUUU